AUGUUGUUGACACUUGUGUUAGUCAUACUGCCUCUAAGUUGUUUUUGUAUUAAAAUAGAGGGAAAUAAGGCUGGAAAGGACUCACCAACCCUACCACCAUCCCCACCCAAUUAUCGGAUAUCCAAGCCAGAGCUUAAGAAGCCGUUGCAACGAGUGCCUCCCCAUCUGCAGGAUAUCCGGCCAGGCUAUGUGGAUGACGAUGCUGGAGAUGUGAUACGCAUUAUAGAGCCUCCGCAGCACUUCCAGCAACUAAAGAAAUUGCGACAAAGGCAGCCCCAGCUACGUCCAGAAGCAGCAGCAUUGGUUUGGGAGCAGCCCCGUAAACUGAGUAGUAAUCGAUUCCCUCCAUCCCAGCCAACUAAAACUGUAGACGGAGAUCUUCUCACACAAGAAACUCAAAAUAGUUUACAACUUCCCAUGGAAAUUUUAGCUUCAGUACGAAAAACUGAACGCCUGCUGCAGCGUCAACAUCAGAAAUUGCCACCUUUGGUGCGUCAGCGGCACAUACAACGCCAGACGCAUACAUUAAUAGCCCAGAAAUCAUUGCAAAAUCAGAUCUAUCAGCGCGGUCAGCACCAGAGACUAAAGGCUGUUCUCAGUCAGAGUCAAGCGCUGGACCACAAGCGCAGCAAGCGUGUGAAAAGAGAGGAGUACGAUGUUCAGAAAGGUCUAAAACUGGUGGCUCAUAUAGGUGAACUGCUAAAGAACGCAACUGUUUAUCUUCCCGAAGAGGCAAAAAGGACAUCGGGAAAUUACCUCCAGAGUUGUGGAAAUGCAACCAACUGCGACAGUCGACGACGUCGCCAACGUCUAUUCAAGCAGUCAAAGUCAGCCGAAUGGCAGUGGCAGGGAGAGAAACAGCAAAAGGGGCGUAACUUCCGUAAUGGGGCAACUACAUCUGAAACAACAUCAACAAUCAAACCAACAAUAAUAAUACCAACAACAGCACUUCCAAAAGCAACUACAUCGUCAUCAUUUACCAUUUCAACUACUUCCGCUAUACCAUUGGCUAGCCGUUUGGUAAAUUCACGCAAAUCGCCAAAUAAUAACCGCAACAGCAACAACACAUCUGCCUCUGCUGUGCUCUAUGCGGAUGUAAUGACAAAUAUACGUAGUUUGUGGCAGGAGCAUGAUUACUUCCAACAGCAAUCAAAAGCCAUUCAACCUGACCAAAUCACAAAUAAUACCAAUUAUCAAUCACUGGACAUGUAUUUGAAGGAGCUUGAUAAGCAGACCAAGGAAUUGCCUACACCAAAUAGCCAUUAG